AUGUUUGCCAAAACAGCAGCCGCAUCGCGGAACCCUCGCAGACGCCAGAGAACCAGCUCCGAUGAUUCAGUCAAGCCACCAAUAGCAAAAAGACAGCGCUCGGUGCUGCGGCAAACUGGCGACUCUCAAGCCACAAGCUUGAACCAUGACCACCGCGAGGUAGCAGAGCCGUCUAUCUCUGUCCCGCCCUCUGACCACGAACUGGUCACCACAGCCAUUGGUCCAGAGUCGCAUCUUCCAAUUCGGAGCGCAAAGCAUGCUGAAGGGCCUAGUAAUGGUGUCGAAGGGACGGUCGUGCUGUCAAGCACUGAUUACUAUACCGUGGAUCAGCUUCCAGCUUUACCGGACCAAAUUCGAGGCUCCCUUUCCAAUCCCCUCAGAUGUUUUUUCGCACCCAGUCAUCAUUACGCUCUCGCCCUAGCGCCUUCACACGCCAUCAUAUGGCCAUAUUCCGUGGCUACAUCAACUCCGUCGGCCUCGGAAACGUUCACCGUAUCUAUCCCCGAAACAUGUAGGGACACACAUGGCGCAGUUCCGCUCGGUGUCCUGCUAUCCACCGCCACCGGAGAACACCCCGGUCUCCUCGUCAUCAUUCCGUCCACAGGAAGAAUCAUCUAUUGGGAGACGGUCUCGAGCGCAGCGUCACUAGGACUUUCCCGGCAAAAACAGAAUGGAAUCCAAGGAUCGACGCCAGGCCUUCUUUCUGGCGAAUACGCCACGCAUAUCAUGAACUGUGAGCCCUCCGGGAUCAUCGUCGUCUUCUCAUCCGGAAGAGUGGCACAUAUCACUCUCAGAGAUCCUCAAGGAAAGCCCUCAGUGUUGGUGAAUUUCCUCAGCACUUCGAUUAGUGGUGGAGCCGGAGGAUUCUUAGGUGGAAUUAAGAACGUUCUAGGCGGCGGUUCCUGGAGGAAAGAAGUUACCGCAGUUCAAGCAGGUGCAUCCCGCCAACGAGGCCAGCGAGACGUGAUAGUCGCCACUUCCACUGGUCAAGUUGAAAUAUGGGACACACAUUGGAAUCACGGAAAUGCGAUGAAGAAGAAGUUUGAUGUCAAAGCGGACAUUGCAGCAUCUAUUCAUCAGGACGCUGUCAAGCCAGCGGGGGAAACAGAUCUUAAAAUUCUGGAUUUCGCAUUCUCUGAACAGCAGUCUCCAGAUGAAGAUGACUCCCAGGCAUCUGAUGAGUCUUGGCGACUUUUCAUGGUUGUCAGCACUCCGCAGCUGCUGGGAUCCAAGGCAUUAUUCAUUGUCCAGGUCUUGUUAUCGGGAGCCAGCACACGCGUCCUGUCCACUCAUGCAGUGGAUAUCCGUAGCAUCUCCACUCCACGGACCGACUUGAAGCCCCAGAUACUAGUCUCGAGGGGAGAGAGUACCGCCUUCAUCCUUAUUGGGCAAUCUCUCGUUAUCUUGUCUCUCACGAGCAUCGAGGAAACGCCAACCGUCCAACUACUGCAGGACUCUCACAAGAUGCCUCUGCCGUUCCAGGACGUCAUCCAUCUACGGUCAGGCAUAGAGUAUGAAAUUCUGGGAUAUAGCUCAGAGGACAAGUCCGAUGAUGAGAGCGGCACAGCAUGCGUUAUGAUGAUUCGGAAUUUUGGCGUCGUGCGAGUGAAUGUGGUCCCUCAGUUCCCGUCGGCCCUCGAUGCGGAUGAGACCCAAGUCACGGCGAAACACAAGCUUGAACAGGCAAUUUUCUUCGGAACCAUGGCACAGAAUCCCUUGAACCUUAUCGGGGACAGCGGCCUCGAUUUCCCAGCAACCGAAAUUGAGGAAGCAUCUCUCGAAAUCUGUAGGGAGCUUCUUCGGUCGGAGUCCCGCUUCAUUCCUACCUCUGCCAUAUCCAUCGACCAAAAUCUCAGGUUGAGGGCUAAAGCCCUUGGGGAUCUUGCGGGCUUGUUGUUGCGCAAAGGAAACCCGCUGAGCCGCCCAGCAAGGUGGGAACUGCUUUGGGGGGCAGAAAAACUUGCAGCGCAGCGAGCCAUGUGGAAGCUGGAAGAGGCACGCAGAAGCAAAGGCGAGGACGCCUUCCUUGUCCAGGUCAUCGAAUCCAUGAACGACAAAUUCAAGACACUCCCCAGCCCUUCGUACGGGGAAAUUGAUUCAGUGCGAUUGUGGUUCUUGAAGGACACGCAUCGUAUGGAACAUGUGAUUCCUUGGAUCAAGAAUGCCAUCAAACCUCGUAGGGGAAAUUCUUCAAAGCAGGCACGGAAGCUGUCGGAGCAGAUUCUGGAAGCAAGCGAGCUUUUCCUGUCUAUCGUUGAAACAGCUUACCGGUAUCGUGACGAGCACGCAUCAUUGUACGGAUUGGGCAGCGAUUUCGUGGAAGAUGGCGUUCUUGCUGAUGGGUAUGAGAACCUUCCUGAGUUCUGGACCUCCCGGGCAGUCGGAUACACUGAGGCAGGCCAUCUACUAGACUGGGAGCUGGACAGUUGUCGAGCUUGGAUUCAACAAAAGACCUCUAGUGCAGAUGCACCCGAUGGUCAGGUGUUGAAGAAGAUCGCCGAAAACAGCGCCCGUCAUCUCCGAGUCCUCGGUCAGAUGCACCGUGAACGAACACGCUGGCUGAGUGCACAAGAAGAUUCCAAGCUGGCAGACGAAUGUGCGGCGAUUGAACAGUCUCACGUCAAGGAACGCAAAUGGCAGCUCUUUAAGCUAGCGGGCAUCGGCCAUCUUCGGGAUGCACUAAGCCUAGCGGAGCGCUUCCGGGACAUGGGGGCUCUUGUCGAACUCAUCAUCGAGCUUCAGGACCAGGUGAAGACCCAGUCGGGCCCAGAACCCUCGGUGGAUGCUCCUGCCAUGGCGGCAAGCGAAGCAGAUGUCGCGCAUAGAGUUUCUCAGUAUUUCGACAGAUUCGGCGAGCCGUGGGCAGAUGCAUACUUUUCACGGCAGAUUUCAAUGGGCCACCCUGGCGCCUUGCUGUCCAUGCGCAAGUAUCAAGCGUCCGUCACUCGAUUCCUCCGAAAAUCACCCACAUAUUCCCGAUUGAGCUGGAUCAACGACGUGACUGGCGAAGAGGACUAUGAUACUGCUGCUGUUUCCCUGGAAGGUCUGGCGCUCGGUGGUGAAGAGGAGCUGUGGAAUCAUCGAGUGCAAUUAUCGUUGGCAAAGCUGAGCAAGCUAGCCUCGAGCGAGAAAAGCCAACCCCGGGGCCAUGGUCCGUCCUUGCAGGAGGAUGUCAAACGGCUGGAUGACUACAACGAGGUCGAUGAGGUCCAGGACUCUCUUCAUACCUAUGUCAAGUCAUUUUGUGAGGAUGCGAUCGAUCGGAGGGCUGCAGCAGACCUAGCACUGGGUUAUUUUGGCGGACAUCUUGCAACAGAUCGACCUUCGCUCCAUAGAAUUCUGGAUGAUGCACUAUUCACACUCCUCAAUCGGCGUGUCGUCGGUGUUGAUGGUUUGAUAGAUCUACUCACCCUCAUGGGUCCGCUCCACCAUGACGAUGACAUUGAGAGCGAUUUUACGGGACGGGAGUUUUUCCUAGCGCUACGAGUUCUCGAUCAUAGUCGCUACGCCGAGCGGGAUCCAUCAUACGUCUCGGCGUUGCGUAAGUUGAUCUGGCGACGUUGUAUGAUCAAGGAUGACUGGGAAGCUCGAGGAAAGGCCGCCGAGGGUUCUAGUGGAACGUCAGACGAUUCUGCACGCGACACUGUUCUGUAUCGUACAUUGUCUCUCUGUCUCACUGCCACCUGUAGACCCAGCCUUCAAUCUCUUGUGGUGCCACUUGCUCCGACAGAGGCGCUGAUGGCUGAUUCUGAAACCGAAAUUCUUGUGUCGCGCUUUCGUCCCGAGCAACAGGCGCGGGUGACAGCUGACCUGAAGCGGGAAGACGAUCUGCUACGUCGAUUUAUCGAAACUGGCAAACUUGACUUUUGGUUUCAAAACCUCCUCGCCUCUAUCAAGACCGAAACGGCAUCGGGUGCGGUGACGGAUGACAAUGGUACAAAAGCCGAAUCCUCUCCGUCAACUGACUCUAGGGCCCGGUUGACGUGGGUUUGA